AUGAAAAAGAUCCGAGGGUUCUUGCUAAAACAUCGGGUCACCACACUUUUCCCGUGCGUCUUCCGGCGAAACCGAUCACCGUCGGUGUACCGCCGGUUGGACUCACUUCAUAUACGCAAGAUCCGACCCAUUUCCAAACUCUUCAACUGGGCUCACCGGUUAAGAACCAAAGCCAAAGCCAUAUGCUCCAAGAGUUCCUCUCCGGGUUUGGGCCGUGGUUACGUGCAGAUCGGGCAAGACACCGUUGAAGACAAACACGUUCCCGUUCCCAAGGGUCACAUGGCGGUGUAUGUGGGACAGAAAGACGGUGACUUUGAGAGGAUUAUGGUCCCUGUGAUAUACUUCAAUCAUCCAUUGUUUGGGGAUUUGCUGAGGGAGGCUGAGGAGGAAUAUGGGUUCGAUCAUCCGGGUGGGAUUACCAUACCAUGUCGGAUCUCAGAGUUUGAGAGCGUCAAGACCAGGAUUAAGGCGGGUCAAAAUUCCCGAAAAAUACUGACGUGGAAUUAA